AUGAAAAACGGUCUUGCGCUGCUCCAGCUGCAGAUGGCGGAUCAGCAGCAGCUACUGGCUAAGCAGCACGAGGUGUUGGCUUCUGUGGUGAAGGUCCUGACCAAAGGACAGCUGGAGCGGCAUCGGUUGCCCAAUAAGAACAAGGACAAGAAGAAGCACGACAGCUCCAGCUGCACAAACACCCGUCCAACAAACUUGAACAAAAACCCGUCCAAAGCCCCAGCAGCUGCGGGAUGGGAGGAUGGCCUCCAUUCCUUCAUCCGCGCUCAUGCGCCUGGUGGCCGGGCUCAGGCGCCUCGUCUCUGUGCUCCUGAUGUGGCGGCGGCUCGUGUGCCUGCGGCUGUUGCUGCUGCAAAGGCGAAGAUGGAUUGGCUCCUGCUUGCGCAAGGCUUAAACCUGAUUGGGUGCAAUUUUUACUACGUGACCUUGGCCAUCCUGUCUCUGCCAUCCCUUCUGCUUUACUAUCUCGGUCUUCGCAAGGGCAAGGAGGCAGAUGACGCGCAAGGCAGUGCGACAUUUUACGAGGGCCAAGUGCUUCACAUCCGGAGAGCACCUGUACACAAUCAAUUUCGGUACGCCGUACGGAUGGCUGUGCUAGACUUGGACGCACCGCCCAGCUGGUUCAAGUCCCAAGCCAAGGAUCACAUGACUGCUGAUGAAGCACGCAAAUUCGCUGGCACAUCAGGCUCCGUGAAGCUCUUGACCGACCCCGUGUCGGCCGGCUACGUCCAAAACCCCAUCAACGUCUACUACUGCUACAGCGGCGGCAGCAAAAGCGGCACCAGCGGGGCAGGAAGCGGUGUCGGCGGCGAAGGCGGCGGUUCGCGGCUAGAGCGCUGUAUUGCCGAGGUGACAAACACGCCGUGGAACGAGCGCGUCAGCUUUGUGUUUCACCCGGGGGGGGAGUCGGUACGCAAGGCGCUGCACGUGUCGCCGUUUAUGGACAUGCAGAACACCUGGCACUUGGAGGCCCCCGAGCCGGCAGAUCGUCUGAAGCUCGUGGUGCGCGCCUCCCACCCCGUGUAUGGAGACUACUUUUACGCUGACCUGGCCGUCAAGUUGCUGUUCAAGGGAGUGCAGUUUUACUCGCCGCCUAGCAAGGCCUAUCAGCGAGAGCUGGUCGCGGAGGAGGGCCAGCAAUGUCAACAACAACAACAACAACAACAACAACAACAACAACAACAACAACAGCAGCAGCAGCAGCAAGGAGAUAAGUUGGGGCAAGAAGGAGCGAUCUCCAAGAUUAAGACACCCGCAGUAGCUACGAAGCCAGCCGUAAUGGCAGACGGAGGUGCUGGGGGUGGGUUCUGUCCGGUAGGCGGGGCGGCUGUGUGGGGCGCUGCCCAACACACGCACCCUCGUAACGGCGUCACGGGGAAGCAUUUCAUGUGGAGGGAGGCGCCCACAUGGCCGUGGAGGGAAGGCUGACCUGGUGUUCGUUAAGGUGUUUUCUUUUUCAAGCUGGAAGUUUUUGUUGGAGGCUACGGUUUUGGGGGCCUGGGGACUACAAUAAUGCCCAGCAGGUGGUGAUUGGUUUUUAUUUUUUCAAUGUAUGACCUUUCGCUUUUUCCUACGUGUGUACGACCAUCUUGACGGCGCGCGAACAUCCAGCAGACCGUUGAGAUAAGACUAUAUCUAGACUCGUGAGAUAAGACUUUUGCUAUGUCGUACGGUGGUAUGGCGGGCGAGGAAAGUGCACGACGGCGCGGGACUCGACAGGGCGCCGGUCGGCUGUUUGUGAUUCCUUUUAGCCGACCUCCCAAGUUUUUCAUCGGGCCGCACAAAGCUUUUUCGUUUCCUGUGAGUAUGUUUGAUCCGCAAUCCUAUGUGCCUGUCUGUGAUACGCGGCUAAGCUUAGCAACUUUGUUUAAUUUUGGAGACUCUGG